UUUUUCAGAUCUCGUCGACGAAUUUAAGCCAUGGUGUCUUUUUUUUUUACAACCCAAAUUGUUUUAAGUAUACUGCAUGUCUUUGUUGGACUUUUAUCGAGUAAUAAAACACAAAUACAAAAGUUGUAGAUCCGCGGAUGAAGACACUUGUUGCGCCUCCAAUCCCAGGAAGCAAAACACGCUUGGAACCUGAGUGAUGCAGGACGAAGAGGGAUACUUUCGCCUUCACCCAGGAACGUACACAUUCGCCAUUUAAUGUAGUUAUUUGAAAUUGUUAAAUAAAAAUAGCAAGUGUUUAAUGGUGGAACUACCGCUUGGACUCAAGCCCUCAUCGGACCUUUAAACUCUCCCUGCGGCUCAACGGUUUGCUUGACAAUGAGCCCCGUGACUUCUACCAUUCAUGAGGUUUUAUUAGAACUGACAACGAGGCCAGUCAUUUGCAAGGACUAGUCACGAAGGAUCUGCACCGGCGUGAAUCAUGCCCUUGCCUUUCGGCUUGAAGCUCAAGCGCACGAGAAGGUACACCGUUUCCAGCAAGAGCUGCCUGGUCACUCGCAUCCAGCAACUCAAUGGCGAGUUUGUGGAGUUCACACUGUCAGUGGAGAGCACGGGCCAGGAAUGUUUGGAGGCAGUCGCCCAGAGAUUGGAGUUAAGAGAGAUUACAUUCUUCAGUCUAUGGUACCUGAACAAGCAGAACCAGCAGAGGUGGAUUGACUUGGAGAAGCCACUGAAGAAGCAGCUGGACAAGUAUGGCGUGGAGCCUACUGUCUACUUCGGAGUGGUGUUCUACAUCCCUAGUGUCGCCCAGCUGCAGCAGGAGAUCACAAGAUAUCAGUAUUAUCUACAGUUGAAGAAGGAUGUGCUGGAGGGCCGCAUCUCGUGCACUUUAGAACAAGCCAUCCGCUUGGCUAGCCUUGCCGUACAAGCUGACUUUGGAGACUUCAAUCGCUACGAUUCCCAGGAGUUUCUUCAGAAGUUUGCGCUCUUCCCUAUCGACUGGAUCCAGGAUGAGCGAGUGCUGGAGGAGGCCACUCAGAAAGUGGCUCUUCUCUAUCAGUCUUACAGGGGUUUGUCGUCCCCAGAGGCCGAGAUGUUGUACAUGCAAGAAGUGGAGAAAAUGGAAGGCUACGGCCACGAGAGCUAUCAAGCCAAGGACAACACGGGCACGGAUGUGACUUUGGGCUCCUGCCUCGAUGGCAUCUUUGUCAAACACAAAAAUGGCAGGCCUCUUCAUUUGUUCAGGUGGAAUGAAAUUAACAACAUGAGUCACAACAGGUCUUUCUUUGCCUUGGAGUUUCUCAACAGAGAGGAGAGUGUCCAGUUCCAGACCGAAGACAUGGAAACUUCCAAAUACGUGUAUCGCAUGUGUCUGGCCCGACUCAAGUUUUAUAAGCUCAACAAGAGCAGCCUGGAGGAGUGUGCCCCCAUGCCUCCUGUGGGCUCCCAGAAGUCCCUCCUCACUCUAGCCUUUCCUCGUUUUCCAAUGCUCUCUCGUCCCUCUCCGCCUUCAAAUAAGGGACAAACACAGUCCACAGUCGUCAACCCGGUCAGACGUCGAUCGUCAACAAGAUUGUCCCUGCAGACAAAGCCUCAGGGCUUCAUGAUGCCCCCGCCACAAAUGCACUACAACGGCCACUUCACGGAGCCCUACACGUCAUCGCAAGACAACCUGUAUAUGAACAGCCAGAAUGGUUACUACUACCACUCCCAGACCAGCCUGGACUGCCCACCUAUGGAGUACAGCAGCGGGGGGCGCUUGCGGAACGGCAGCGUGUACAGCGCCCACAGCACCAGCUCCCUGACCAACCCCCAGCACUACCUCCAGCCCUCACCCAUGUCCUCGAACCCUUCAAUCACCAGCGACAUCACCCGGCCUGACUACGUGCCCUCUCACCGCCACAGCGCCCUCAUCCCGCCUUCCUACCGCGCCACUCCAGAUUACGAGACGGUGAUGCGGCAGAAGAGCCGAGGCGGCGGGGGGAUGCUUUUGUCUCAGGAGCAUCGGCAAAGUCACUCAAUGAGGAACCUGAACAUCGGGAACUCGUACGCUUACAGCAGGCCAGACCCUCUUGUUUACAGUCAGCCCGAGAUCCGAGGGGAGCACGGCGGCACCGCCCAGCACCACCACCACCACCACCACUAUCCCUUCCACGUGGGCUCCAGCUUCCACAGCCCGUCGCCGUACCACGCUUACCCAAUCGAGAGGAGACCCGUGGUGGGAGCCGUCAGCGUCCCAGAGCUCACCAACGUCCAGCUCCAACAAGCCCAAGAGUACCCAGCCCCCAACAUCAUGAGGACGCAGGUGUACAGACCGCCUCCGCCGUACCCGUAUGCUCACCCGCGGCCCGCCAACAGCACGCCAGACCUGUCGCGUCACCUCUACGUCAGCAGCAGCAACCCGGACCUGAUCAUCACGCGUCGCGUGCACCACUCGGUCCAGACGUUCCAGGAGGACAGCUCGCCUGUGGCUCAUUCUCUGCAAGAGGUCUCCGAGCCUCUUUUGAGCGGGCCGGCGCAGAGACCACCUUUCCACGCCCAGAAGCGCAACUCCAUCGAGAUAGCCGGACUGGCGCAGAGCCUCGAAGGGAUGCGACUGAAAGACCGGCACGUGUCACCUUCGGCGGCCGAGGCUGCCUCGCCUCCCCCGGCCCCGCGCGGAGUUUGCUCGCGGGGUUCCCAACUCAAUGUGUUUUUGGAGCGUGUCAAGACGGAAGACGGGAGCGACACCAAGGACGACGUGCAGUACGGACACAAGAAAUCCCUCUCUGACGCCACCAUGCUGGUGCACAGCAGUGGCGAUGAGGAGGAGUUUGAAGAAGACGCAGGGCGCCACACGCCGCUCUCCCACGAAGCGAUCGCCGCCAUCAUUCCGGAGGGGUCUCCGCAGCACGUCUUCACGGCUCCUCAACAACAGACUCCCCUUGAGCCCCCGCCUGCUUAUCCCAUCGGCUCGUCUCUGGACCCCUCGCUGGCCUCCGCCCUCGCCUACAAGGCUCAUCCUCUGAUCCACGAAGCUGUGCCUCUGCACCUGCGCGAGGAGCGACAACGCAGAAUCAUGCCCUCGGUCUCAGAGGGAGAUCUGAGCGGCGAGGCCAAGCACAAGUCCAAGAAGGACUUGAAGAACAGACCCGUGUCUGAUGUGCCUCAGGCCAAGAAGAUCAUCGAAGGUUUACCUCCUCCGGGCAUGAAGAAGAGCGUGCGGUCGGACGUGAGGAAGAUGGGGGCGCUCAAGGUGGCCCAUCUCAACGGCCUGUCGAUGUCCAGGCACCCGGUGCAGAGCGAAGCAAAGGACGAGCCUGAACGAGACUCCAAUGACGAAAGGUGCAAAUUCCUGGAGCAGCACAUGGAGAUGGGCGAGCUGCUGAAGGAGUACGAGAGCAUCCCUAAGUGUCGUUCGGCGGCCGAUUGCACAGUCGCCCAGAUGGCCGAGAGCGCCGACAAGAACCGCUUCCAGGACGUGCUGCCCUACGACGACACCCGAGUGGAGCUGGUGCCCACCAAAGAGAACAACACGGGCUACAUCAACGCGUCGCACAUUAAAAUCAACAUAGGAGGACACGAGUGGAACUACAUCGCCAGCCAGGGGCCUCUUUCCAACACAUGCCAGGACUUUUGGCAGAUGGUGUGGGAGCAAGGUGUCGCCAUUAUCGCCAUGGUUACCGCCGAAGAGGAGAGCGGGCGAGAGAAGAGCUUCCGCUAUUGGCCUCGUCUCGGCUCGCGGCACAACACGGUGACGUACGGCCGCUUCAAGAUCACGACGCGCUUCCGCACCGAGUCGGGCUGCUACGCCACGACGGGCCUGAAGAUCAAACACCUACUGUCGGGCCAGGAGCGCACCGUGUGGCACCUGCAGUACACAGACUGGCCAGACCACGGCUGUCCCGAUGAUUUCAAAGGCUUCCUCACCUACCUGGAGGAGAUCCAGUCGGUGCGGAGGCACACCAACAGCAUUAGUGAGCCAAAGAACAGCAACCUGCCCGUACUGGUGCACUGCAGCGCCGGAGUGGGGCGCAGCGGCGUGGUCAUCCUCUCCGAGAUCAUGAUCGCCUGCCUGGAACACAACGAGAUGCUGGACAUCAAAACUGUUUUGAUGAAGCUACGCCAGCAGAGGAUGAUGAUGGUCCAGACCUUGUCCCAGUACACCUUCAUCUACAAGGUGCUCGUCCAGUACCUCCGCAACUCCCGCCUCAUCUGAGAACCCCGAAAAUAUGCCGUGUGCUCCUACAAGGCUGACCCACAACUCUCCUAAACAGUAUUAUAGUGUUUUGUUUUGUUUUACAUUGAUUCUUGCUGGGUAAAGCACUUUUUAACAGUACUCUGCUGUAGCGCUCAAGCUGCGUCAAAACUAUGACGACCAACGCGACUUCGUGACAAAGCGAGCAGAAGGUGACAAAUGAAGGAAAAUGACGCAGCCACAAAGGAUUCUUUAUAAACUUGAAAGUUCUUUUAUUUAAACAUUUGAUCAAGUGCCUGCAGACUAUUUUUUUUUUAACGAUGGACAGUGUGAUUGCGGUGAAACAAAAUGUUUGCGUGGCUUUUGUGUAUGUGUGUGCUGAACUACAACAAGAAGGUCAGAAGACGCAUGCACGACACCGCAUGUGACUUAAAAUCCUUCUAAAUUUCAGGGUUUCAGAUUUUUGUUUUUCGAACACUGACCGAGUCUUAGGGUUUCUUUUUUGUGGCCGUUUUGUCCAUGUUCAUGUUUUUGUUGAUAAUGUACACAAUGUAAGAUUUGUGUUUACUGUACAAACUGUAUAAAGUCUAUAUAUGAUGCACAAACUAAAUGGUGUGCCUCUGAAAUGUUUAAAUAAGAGCAUAAAAAAAAAAUCUGACUCGAAUAAACAUGUGAAAAUGUUCAGCAA